CAAAAUUAUCUCCCACAUCAAGACAUCACGGAGCCUCCACAUCAUGUGCCACAUCCCAGUGUUCUGCUGGAUCACUGCUACGGUCCUGGAGAACGUCCUGGAGAAAGUCCUGGAAACCAGAGAGGGAGGGGGGCUGCCCAAGACCCUGACUGAGAUGUACAUCCACUUCCUGGUGGUCCAGGCCAAACUGAAGAAGGUCAAGUAUGACGGAGGUGCUGAGACGGAUCCACACUGGAGUCCAGAGAGCAGGAAGAUGGUGGAGUCUCUGGGAAAACUGGCUUUUGAGCAGCUGCAGAAAGGAAACCUGAUCUUCUAUGAACCAGACCUGAGAGAGUGUGGCAUCGAUGUCAGAGAGGCUUCAGUGUACUCAGGAGUGUUCACCCAGAUCUUUAGAGAGGAGAGCAGCCUGUACCAGGAUCAGGUUUUCUGCUUCAUCCAUCUGAGUGUUCAGGAGUUUCUGGCUGCUCUUCAUGUCCAUCGGACCUUCAUCAAGUCUGGAGUCAACCUGCUGGAGGAACAAAGAAACACCAUCAAGUGGUCUAAAAAAAGAUCAGAGACUCAACUCUAUCAGAGAGCUGUGGACAAGGCCUUACAGAGUCCCAACGGACACCUGGACUUGUUCCUCCGCUUCCUCCUGGGUCUCAAACUGGAGACCAAUCAGACUCUCCUACGAGGUCUGCUGGAACCAAAACAAAGAAGUUCAAAAAACAAUCAGGAAACAGUUGAAUACAUCAAGAAGAAGAUCAGUGAGGAUCUGUCUGCAGAGAAAAGCAUCAACCUGUUCCACUGUCUGAAUGAACUGAACGAUGGUUCUCUGGUGGAGGAGGUCCAACAGUCCCUGAGGUCUGGACGUCUCUCCACAGAUGAACUGUCUCCGGCUCAGUGGUCGGCUCUGGUCUUCAUCUUACUGUCAUCAGAAGAUCUGGAGGUGUUUGACCUGAAGAAGUUCUCAGCUUCCGAGGAGGUUCUACGGAGGCUGCUGCCAGUGGUCAAAGCCUCCAAGAAAGUUGUGUUGAAUGACUGUAACCUCUCAGGGAACAUCUGUCCACUUCUGUCCUCAGUUCUCAGCUCUCAGUCCUCCAGUCUGACAGAACUGGACCUGAGUAACAACCACCUGCAGGGUUCAGGACUGAAGAAGCUGUGUCCUGGACUGGAGAGUCCACACUGUCACCUGGAGUCUCUCAGCGCCAUCAUCAGGUGA